CUUCCGCUAUUUGAAAACUGCUGAAGAUCGCAAGGGCAGAGACCAGAGAGAGAGAAUGGCAUGGAGGGGACAUCUGUCUCGUAAUAUGAAGGAGCUUCGGAUCCUGUUAUGUCAAUCUUCCCCUGCGAGCUCGGCUACCAGAGCGUUCGUGGAGAAGAAUUAUAAGGAUCUCAAGACACUGAACCCUAAACUCCCAAUCUUGAUUCGUGAAUGCAGUGGGGUCGAGCCCCAGUUAUGGGCUAGAUAUGACAUGGGUGUUGAGAGGGGCAUUCGUUUGGAAGGCUUGAAUGAGGCACAAAUUUUAAAGGCACUUGAAGACCUCGUGAAAGUGGGGGCAUCUCUUAAAGCUUAAUGGUGCUGCCAUUGACCCUAUGAAAUGGAAUAAAUUAAUACAAGUGGAAAAUAUUCCCAGAGACCUUUUUGUCCAAACAAUUUGUCUUGUUUUUCUUUUCUUUUCCAAAAAAACAUGUUUAUUGAGGACUCUGUAUCUCAAUUGUGUGGUUUGAUAAUUUGAUGUACCAACAUCUUCUAUUUAA